GUCAAGGCUUUCGCUGAAUGGGUUCAACCAUUGGAAUUCUUUUGUCUCAAACUACGACUUCAGGGUUCAUUUCGGCGGCAUGGGGCUGUUUAGUUUCCUUCAGCGUGAGAGGCAAAAGUCGCGAGGCAAAGAAAUGGGAAGUCUGGCCUAAAGUCUGCAAGGAUGCGGGUGCACAUAAGAUAAGCAGACGAAAUCCAGCUGACAGGACGCUUACAUACAUCACGCAAAUUUCUCCCAUAAGACUCCUCUUUGGAAUUCAGGAGGACUUCGUUCUGAAUAAGCACACAUAAGGUUGCUCUGAAGUGAAAUCUGCCCUCCUUGCAAUUCUCCUUAAAGCCAAGAAUUACACCAGUGUGGAGUGGAUUCCCUUCGGGAAAACGAGUUCGUUCACAACAAUUGCAAUGCGUUAUAAAUAUGCUGUGCGGAAUCCACAUCUGCUCACGGAAGCCAGAAGUGUCAAAGUGUCUGGAAGUCUUGGUAUAGAAGGUCCAAACUGCUCAAAAGCACAUGCUGUGAACUUACUCAGUUGACAGGAUGGCGACCAAAGCGCUCACUUCAUCCAUUGAGUCUGUUGACCCUAUGACUGGGUCCCCACGGACGCCCCUCAAACGACCGCUAAAGAUCCUGGAUCCUGGCCGGUCAAAACUGACCACAGUUGAGACCAAGAGGAUCAUAUCUGUCUUAGAUGAUGCCAUCAUUAAGGUAGAGCUGGUCACUAUGUUCUCGUACAUUAUGGAGAACCUUGAAGGUUUCAACAUCACUGCUAGUGCAAGAACUCAUGCUUCUUUGAAAGAACACUUGGCGUUUUCCAACAAUAUGCGAAGCUAACACUUGGACCAGCAAUUUCAAGUUAGCUGGGCUCCUGCUUCAGGGGGUGGGAGAGAGCACAUAUUUGCUGCCGAGGAAGGGAAGCUUUAUCUGCACAUCCAAGGCUUAAGAAGUUCAGUCCGAAACAUUGUGCGCUUGUUUUAUAUGAACCCCCUAGCUUGUCGGGCAGUGAGAGACACAGCCUUUGCCAGGAGCCCAACUGCUGAUGUUUUACUCAGAGGCCUGUUGGGGCUCCGGAGGUUUCUGUUUGAGAUGCUCCUUACCACUCCGUUGGAGGAAAAAGAAAAAAUGAAAUUUAUGAAAGAAAUUGCCCUCCGGGACAUGAAAAACAUGGAGGCAAUUGCGGCUUUGGAGGAUGAGCUGGCAUCAGCGAUUCACAAUCGUGAUGAGGAGAUUUCCAGGAAGAAUGGCGCCAUCAAGGACCUGAAAGCCCACUUGCACAGUCUGGCAAAGUUUUCUGAAAACCAAAUCCAGCGUACCAAAGCUGAAGCGGAGAAGCAGCAGAAGGGGGAACUGCGUACCUCUCAGGCCAAGUGCGGCAAGAUGACGCAGGAUAUACAGCAGCUGAGGGCCCAGCUCAAUGCCCUCAUUGCUGAAAACCGAGAAAUGGAGUAUGCUCUUCGAAAGAAGAAAUAUAAAGUGGAGACAGAAAUAGAGAAUUGGAUCCAGAAGUACGACAUUGAGAUGAUAGAAAAACAGGAGGAGCUUGAGGAGAUCAACGUGGUCUACAAGGUGGAGAAGGCCCAGCUGGAAGAGCUGAGGGCGAAGUUUGCCAUCCUCAACGAAGAGUACAGCCAGAUUGAGGAGGAGAGGCUGCAGAAGCAGGAAGAGAGAGAGAAAGCCGAGAAAGAGCUGGCGAUUCUGGCCCGAGCCGCCACCCUCAUCCAGGCCUUGUGGAAAGGCUACCUGGUGCGGUCGCUGCUGAGGACCAAGAGGAGGAAGAAGGGCAGAGGGAAGAAGGCUAAGAAAUAGACGCUGGCCCUUUCCUGCCUCUCCAAAACAGGCAACUGGGCCAGACCAGGAUAUCUUUAAGUAUAGCUUUUGAACAGUGGAGGUGAGGUGGUUCUUUAAUAAAUAUUAGGUCAACCAUG